AUGUCUAUCCCCGAGAAGACCACAGUCCUAGUCAUUGGCGCCGGCCCUGGUGGCUCGUACGCUGCGUCUUGUCUGGCCCGCGAGGGCAUUGAUGUUGUCCUUCUGGAGGGCGACAAGUUCCCUCGCUACCACAUUGGCGAGUCCAUGCUUGCAUCCAUGCGACACCUGCUCAAGUUCGUGGAGCUCGACACUAAGUUCGACCAGCACGGCUUCGUCAAGAAGCCUGGUGCUGCCUUCAAGCUCAACAAGAACAAGCGUGAGGGAUACACCGACUUCCUGGCGGCGGGUGGUCCCAACAACUACGCCUGGAACGUUGUCCGUUCCGAGGCGGACAACCUCAUGUUCCAGCACGCUGGCGAGAGCGGCGCCAAGAUCUUUGAUGGCGUCCAGGUCAAGAGCAUCCAGUUCGAGAACCCUACCACUGUUGCUGAGGGCGAGCCCAACCUGAACCCUGGCAAGCCCAUCUCUGCCAUCUACCAGUUCAAGGAAACCAAGGAGCAGGGCACCAUCAACUUCGACUAUGUCGUCGACGCUUCUGGCCGCAUUGGUAUUCUCAGCACCAAGUACAUGAAAAACCGCCGUUACAACCAGGGUCUCAAGAACAUUGCCAACUGGGGCUACUGGGAAGGCUGCAACCAGUACAUGCCUGGCACUCCUCGCCAAAACUCUCCCUUUUUUGAGGCGCUGCAGGACGAGUCCGGCUGGGCCUGGUUCAUCCCUCUGCACGAUGGCACCGCGUCUGUCGGUGUUGUCAUGAACCAGAAGCUUGCUGGUGAGAAGAAGAGCGCCGCUGGAAUUGACUCGACACAGUUCUACCACGAAUCUCUCAAGCUGGCGCCUAACCUGUUGGAUCUCAUUGGCAACGGCAAGUUCAAGAGCAACGUCAAGACGGCGUCUGACUACUCAUACUCGGCCUCGUCCUACGCCUUUCCUAACGCCCGCAUUGUCGGCGACGCUGGCUGCUUCAUUGACCCCUACUUCUCGUCAGGCGUCCACCUCGCUCUGACGUCCGGUCUUGCUGCUGCCACUACAAUCUGCGCCUCCAUCCGUGGUCAGAUUGCCGAGUCUGACGCCGCCGAAUGGCACACCAAGAAGAUCUCGGAUGCCUAUACUCGCUUCCUCCUGGUGGUUCUCUCCGCGUACAAGCAGAUCCGUCACCAGAAUGAGCCUGUGCUGUCCGAUUUCGACGAGGACAACUUCGACCGUGCAUUCUCCUUCUUCCGCCCCAUUAUCCAGGGCACUGCUGAUGCUGCCAACAAUAAGCUGUCACAGGAAGAACUCAACAAGACCCUCGACUUCUGUGCGUUUGCUUUUGAGCCCGUGACCAGCGAGGACGACCGCGAGAAGGCCAUGGAUGCCAUGAAGGAGGCCAUUGACAACGGCACUGGCUACCACCCUGACUUGUCGCCCGAGCAGCUCAAGGCCGUCAAGCACAUCCGUGCCCGGAGAAUGAUGCGCACCGAGGACACCAUCAACAUGAACAGCUUCGGCACGGACGCCGUCAACGGCUUCGUGCCCAACUUGGUCAGGGGGCAGCUCGGCCUCAAGAAGCAGGAGGAGAAGAUGGGCGGAGAGACUAUGGCCACCGGUGUCACUGGUCAUGGCGAGGGAACCAAUGGCAUGACUGGAAUGAAUGAUGUCGCUGAGGGGAUCAAGGUCUAG